AUGUGCACUCAGAUCCCCGACACAACGGAUAGAGUUAGAGUGCAAGCGCUUCAAGGACACAAUUAUCGCAGGUAUGUUGGUUUUUCCCUAUACAAUGGACCUACAACGUUUAAUGCUAAGGUUCGCACAGGAUCCCGUCUUGCUCAGGGACUUGUGACAAAAAACAACGGAAAUAAUUUGCCGCAAGGUGCUAACAUAAGGAGACUGCAGUACCAGUGUGACCUAGAAUCCUCUGCAAGGCAAUCUGCAAUGAGAUGUGACACCUCGACGUGGCCCAUGCUUCCAGCUGGCGUACAGGAGAACAUUAUGGUAUUCUCAAAAAGUCGAGCUCAAUACCGCAAGGAUGCAAUUUUAGUGAUGGCAUGGGCGAGUACAUACGAGAUCGGUUGUUUUGUUCAUCCAUGUAGCGGGAAUAGAUGGUCUGCCGUGUGUCAUUACAGUCCUGGAUCGCACAUUUCCGAAUCCAGGAUUUUUUUUCUCAGCUGUAAUCGCGUAUUUUCAAAUUCAGAGGCAAUAUUGUCGAAAACGCGAUCUACAACACCGGCUCACCGUGCUCGCAGUGUCCCAUUGGAACCUUCUGCAAUGGGAAUAAACUUUGUGCUAGCGUGUGAGUGGGGUACACUCCAGGAGUACAGUGAAAUUCUUUAUUCGUUACGCUCGUUACGUUACAUUAGCUGUUAUCUUGUAUAUAAAUCCGUCUGA